AUGCAGGCGUCUCCAUUCUUUCUAUCUAACAUCAGAAUUGUUAGGACUUCAACCGCUGUUUUCGACACCGAGAUCACGGUCUCAUGCGACGGUCCAGUUCACGGUUUUUGGUGGCACAUGAACUUGGAUCUCGUGGAAGACAUCCUAUUUCACUCUGAUGCUGACCGGCGCCAUGAUCUCGGGAUCGACGGUGAACUCUGGCGCUAUGACAACGGCGAACGCGUCUCUAUAAGCGCAGUUCUACGAGCGGCCGUUGCAGACAUGACGGACCGUAGUCAAGGACUGCAGCCCACAUUUAUUGUGGGUACGAGCCGCGAGAUUGAAGAGCUACGACGUCGCCCGCUUCGAGACCUUGCCGACCUCCGCCCUAACGAGACGGUGCUCCUCGACGUCUCCUCACCUACAACUCAGCCACAACAACCUGAGACAAGCCUUCCACCCCGUGAACACACGACUCCAAUCUCACCGAAGCAUGAGCGGACGCCUACGCCUGACCCAUCCCAACCGGACCCACCCGCGCAGCUUGACCCACUCCCGAAGCUUGAGCAGAUUGACAGCGCGAGCGCCGAAACAAUUGUCAUAAAAAAGGAGAGAGACAGCAACCCGCUGAAGGACGACCCAGACUCAGGCUUCAUCGACGACCCGAAGGUGACGGUCGAUGCCGGAAAAUCGUGGCUCAAGGUAGAAAAGUCAGAGGAGGACGAUUCAGACGCAUAA